UCAAACGCUUGGUGGAUGAUCAGACACAUUAAUUAUCCGCGUUCCCUGCCAACCGAGCUUCUGGUGCAUUCCCACGCUCCUCACAGCGCACAAACAAAUCCGGGGGAGAGAUUACCUAAGCUAUCCUGGAAAGCUUCAAGUUGCCAACGCGCUUUUUAUAACAGCGUUCAAGGCGCCGUCGUGGCACCGCCUGCGCCGAGGCAGAUCAGGCGCAGCGCUGGGGGCGCAGCACAGGCGGUGUCACGCCGGGAGGCCGGCAGCGGGGCACUCACCGCCCGCCGGCGGAGAAGGAAGGAGACGUUACUACAUCCCGACUCGCGCCUCAGCCCGAGCCCUGGGCCGCGCCUACCUGCGGAAGCCGCCACCUGUGGGACAAGCGGCGAAAAGCGACGGCUGUCACCCGCGCGCGGCGCAUGCGCGGCGGUCGUUCGGGAGCGGCCCGUGAGUCAGCGGAGGCCGCCGGGCGCUCCCCGGGCUCGGCGCACAUCCGGGUGCCGCGGCGCCGCCCACCGCCGGCUGCCGCCCGCGGUGGGGGGGUGCCGCGCCGCCGGGCCGGGCUUCUCCGAUGCGCGUCGCCGCCCGUUCGGUGGCCGCUGGCGUGCGGCGGGGAGCGGCCGCGCUCCGUCUGAGGUCGCCGCCAUGAUGCCGGCCCUGUCGGCCCCGCGGCGGGGCUGCCGCAGCCUGUACCGGCUGUACGUGCGGUGCCAGGCGGCCCCGCUGCGCCGCGCCUGCCACGGAUGGCAAGCUUCAAUGAAAAGUGGGAGCCUGUUUUGUGCUUUGCCGUGCAAUCGUCUGCCUGUGCAGCUGAUGAGUCAAGUCAGAGUUUAUACCUCCAAUGGUCAGAAAAAAGAUCUCGGAUCAGAAGAUAGAAAUGUAUCUACCCCUGAAGAUGCUGUGCGCAAAGCUGGAACAGGACGAGAUACUGGCAAUACAGAUCAAAAGCAGACUUUCCUUAAAGAGCCCAUCCAAGUGAAAGUGAAAGCAGUCCUCAAAAAAAGAGAGUAUGGACCAAAAUAUACACAGAACAACUUCAUUACUGGAGUCAGAGCAAUUAAUGAGUUUUGUCUCAAAUCCAGUGAUUUGGAUCAACUGCGGAAAAUCAAACGACGAAGCCCCCAUGAUGACAUUGAGACUUUCACUGUUUACCUGAGAUCGGAUGUGGAGGCAAAAUCUCUUGAAGUUUGGGGUAGUCCAGAGGCUCUUGCUAGAGAGAGAAAACGACGCAAAGAGGCAGAGAUCAAGUACAGAGAAAAUUUAUUUAGAAACCAAAGGCUAUUGAAGGAAUACAGGGAGUUCUUUGGAAAUACUAAGCCACGCUCCAGUGCAUCAGCUAUGUUUUUCAAGGGACCAGGGAAAGUGGUAAUGGUAGCUAUUUGCAUAAAUGGGUUGAAUUUUUUCUUUAAGUUACUUGCUUGGGUUUACACGGGUUCUGCAAGUAUGUUUUCAGAAGCUAUACAUUCUUUAGCAGACACAUGCAACCAGGCAUUGCUAGCUUUGGGCAUCAGUCAGUCUGCAAGGACACCUGACCCUAGUCAUCCGUAUGGUUUCACAAACAUGCGCUAUAUUGCCUCCCUGAUUAGUGGGGUGGGCAUUUUCAUGAUGGGUGCAGGACUUUCUUGGUAUCAUGGGAUCAUGGGUUUACUCCACCCUCAUCCUAUAGAAUCUCUACUCUGGGCAUAUUGCAUUUUGGCAGGGUCAUUGGUAUCUGAAGGAGCUACCCUUCUUGUUGCUAUAAAUGAAAUCCGCAGGAGCGCUCGAGCCAAGGGUCUGUCAUUUUAUCAAUAUGUUGUGCAGAGUCGUGAUCCAAGUACCAAUGUAGUGUUACUGGAAGAUGCUGCAGCAGUUCUGAGUGUGGCUGUAGCUGCUACGUGCAUGGGUCUGACUUCUUUAACAGGAAACCCAUACUAUGACAGCGUGGGGUCUCUUGGCGUUGGAACUUUGCUAGGAACUGUGUCAGCAUUUCUGAUCUAUACUAACACUGAAGCCCUGCUGGGACGGUCUAUUCAACCUGAACAACUGCAGCGACUUACUGAGUUACUGGAAAGUGAUCCUGUAGUAAGAGCAAUUCACGAUGUUAAAGCCACAGACAUGGGAAUGAGCAAAGUGAGAUUCAAGGCAGAAGUAGACUUUGAUGGACGGGUUGUUACACGUUCUUACCUGGAAAAACAGGACAUUGAACAGCUGCUACAAGAAAUUCAGCAAGUGAAGACCCUAGAAGAAUUAGAAGCAUUCAUGCUUAAGCAUGGUGAGAAUAUCAUUGACACACUGGGAGCUGAAGUAGACAGACUUGAGAAGGACCUAAAGCAACGAAAUCCUGAUGUUCGUCAUGUGGAUUUGGAGAUACUAUAAGCUCAGCAGAAGAAAUCUUUAAGUUGAUAGCAAUUUGGGAAGAAGUCAUGUAAAUGGCUGAAAAGCUUCUGAAAUUACAGUGACCUCAGCAGCAUACCUCGCUUUGGUUUGCAGGCUUCCCGGACUGUUAGCUUCUUAGACUGCUUCUUUUUCUGGAAAAGCAUUAGACUUGCAGUCAAAAAGUUCCAUGACAAAUCCACUUGAAAAGCUGCUUGACUUAAAUUCUGCUGGAGAAUCUGUUUAUUUACUGCAAUUCAGAACUUCAGACUUGAAUUUUAGAUAGGCAAACGUAACUGCCUGAAAACAUGCAGCACACUUAGUUUUUCCAUUUGUGUCCCUUUGCAGUCAGUUUGCACUUCCUUAGUUUCUUUCAAGAUAUCAUUAAAGGUUCUUGGGAGAUAUUAAGAUUAGCUAUGAUGAGUUUGUUCCAGUGGAACCUGCCAACCUUAAACUAAUAGUUAUAUUUCAGCUGUGUGAUUGUUUCACAGUUUUUCUUUUCUAUGAGAUAAAUUCCUUCAAACAGGCACUGACCUGCUCUCAAGUACCGUGACCUGGAAACCUUUUUGCCACCGUUGUGAUUACCAACAGCACUUCAGAAAAAAAAAAUCAGGUUUUUCUCCUUGGUAAAGUCAGCUGUAUGUGGUCAGCCAGAGGAUAUUGGGUUACUGUGAAGAAAAAAUGUAGAGGUUUCAGUGAAUUUCCUCUGUUUAAAUUCUGUUCUUUUUUCCCCUACUUCUUCAAUUUUCUUUUUUUUUUUUGUAAAUAUCUUCAGUUGUAAUCUGGGAGACACUUAUGGUAGUGUUUAUUGAAAGUUACUUGGCAUUUUUGGCUUUUUAUACUUUCAAUAAGCAGUAUUGCCAAAAAUGGUCAUUGCUAGAAGAUGUAAGAAAUGUAUUUGGAAGUAAUAAUAGUCAAAAGUGUAUUAGAAAUAUUUAUAAUUAAACACGUGAAUACAUUGUAUUUUCUAUUUAUUUACUUGUAGGUAUUUUCCAUUAUCUGAAUUCUAAACUACAUACUUUGUGAUUUUUUAUUUUUUUUUAAGAAUUGCCCAUGCUUUUCUGAGAAAGAAUUACAUCAGUGGUCCUCAGCAGUCUCUCAGCAGUGAGAUAAGUGCCUAGACUUCAUAACUUUGAAAUCUGCAAUUCUAGCAGUACACAAAAUCAGCUUAAAGGCUUUCUGCAGUGGGCACCCAAGUCAUACCAGAUUCUUCAAGAACCAGUUAUUUAAUAGAGGCUGUGAUCAUGCAAAUUGAAAUAUUAGUGAAAUAACUGUGUAUGAAUAACUGAGGAAAAUCCUUUCUGCACUUUAAAAUAUUUCAGGAAACUGAGAAUUCCUCAUGAGUGAGAGGUGGGAUUAAGAGCCUCCUACUGAUCCUGUUACUGAGCAGUGACGGACUGAGAGGAGAGGUGCUGAUAGGAAGCAGGUCCUUAAAAAUCAAUUUAUUAAGAUUAAGUUACAAGCAUUGCAGUAAAGAAUAAUCAUGGAAACCAGUAAGUCCAGAUUUGACUAAAAGCUUUUAAUUUUUUUCAUAUUAAAUGCAAUUUACCAGUGAAUUAGAAGAAUGUAUAGUGGCAUACCUUUCUACAACUGAGAAGCACUUUGCUUGCUGGUCAUUUUAUGUAGAAUAACAUUCCAGAGCUUAUUUAAAGAUGAAGCUUCCCAUACAGCAGUUGUGGGUAAAGGGUCUCUUUAGUAUCUCUGUCCCAUAAUUCCUCUUCAUCAGUGGCUUCUUCGUAGCAUGUUAGCUUCUUAUGGCUAAUCCAGAAGACACCAUUUACCUGUUUGCUCCUGUUGUAGCACCCAUUAGUAUAUUGAAGCCUGAUGAUUUGAAAUAUGUUUAGUGAGAGAUUUUAAAGGUAAUUCUGCAAAUGUACCGUAUCAAGUAAAUGCUACUUACUUUAGCACAUUUUAAAUCAUUUACCUUUCUCCUCACUCUAUGGUGUGAAGUUCAUCUCAACUCAUUAUGCACUCUGCUGAUGUUAGUCUUAUUCAUGAAGAGCACUGAAAUCAGAUAAAUGCAUAACCUCUUUCCUACUUCCUAGAAUAUCUCUCUGGAUUUUGAAUUUGAAUAAACACUUAAAUUGUUAUUCCAGAAAUGUUAAAAACCUGAAGAGGACUAAAACUGGGAAAAUCAUCUUUCUGUGGAGAGGUUAUUGGAGGCAUCAAUGUGAUGUAAAUGAUUUCUAUGCUGGCAUCACUGAUGCCAGCAGGAUAGAAAUGUUACAGUGUGCCACUUUGUUAUAGAAAUUUCACUAAGUUAGUAAACAUUACCUAAAUACUGAAAUAUUCCAGUAUCUUUUUAAAGAGCACGCAUAAGCUUAUGUUCUUACGGUACAUCUGCUCCAACAGCUUGUAAAAAUAUUUUCUUAUUCAUCAGAGUGUAAUUCAUAUCAGUUUUUAAACUGAAUUCCUUUAUGUGAGUCAGAAGCAUAGCCACGUACACAUCUUUUGUUUGCAUUGCAAGAACCAUUUGCAGGUCUUUCUGUCCCAGUUGUGUUAUUGAAUAUAUGAGCACACUGUGUUAAAUUUAAGAACCUAGUAGAUGAUGGUCUGGUUAGAUGGUAGUUUGAGGAUCUAUUUCCAUUUUUUAAAGCUGAUCUGGAUGGUGGUGUACUACAAAAAUGCAGGGAAGUUCUGGCAGUUCCUUAUGAGCUUAUAUAUCUUGUAGUUGGAUGAAACCAUUGAUUCAUUGAGCUUGCCAGAUGGGAAACAUAAGAUAAUUCCAAGUUGUUAUGUUCAUAUAUAUAUAAUGAUUUGCAAUCUGUUUUUGAAACUUUUGCUAUUUUUACUACUUGAAGAAAACAAGUUUGAGGGAUGUGGGUCCAGUGCUUAAUUUCCUUUUGGCUUAUUGUUGUGGUGGAAAAUGUUUUAUGAAUGCAUUUAUAUGAUGGAAUCCUCAGAAUUGAAGAAAACUUGUGAAGUGUGGAGGAGCGGACUUCUAUUUCAUCAUCAGAAAUACAACCACAUGAUGACUCUUUCGGAUGGCUUUUAAGCAGUACUUUAGGAGUGGGGAUUUAGCUUACAGCAAAGUUAUAUUCUAGGUUUUUUUUCAAUAAAUGUUUAGUCUUCUAAAUAAUGUAUUUUUCUUGGCUGGCUUUACGGGUUUUAUUUUUACAAGUUGUGUUCAAAGCACUGCUGCCCUCUGCUUUGUGAGUUUGCUCAGUUGUUGUGUUGUGUCUCAGAAUUCUGUAAAAUCUGUGCUAUUUGAGAAAGAUUGUCUUAGUAUUCCUACAUACUGAGUGAUCAUAAUGUAUUUUAAGUCAAAAUUGGCUGGAUGCUGAUACAUGUUUUCCUUAAGAAUUUGUUUUCCAGUAAGAUAAGGAUGAAAUUUUGAAGCAAGUAUCUUUGUUCUCAUGAAUCAGUUUAAAGCUUGAAUUGUUUA